AUGUGUCAGAUAGGAGCUUCUCAAGCAAAAAUACCAAAAAUCAAAAGAAUAAAAGACCAAAAAAAGCGUGAAGGUCAGAAAAUUCGAAUACGAUGUUCAGCUAAAGCCAAACCUCGUGCUAUAUAUAGUUGGUAUAAAGAUGAUGUUUUAUUAACACGGAGGAAAGGUCUCAAUAUCAAAAAUGGAAAAAGAGCAUCACGUCUACAGAUUAACCGAGUGAAAAAGAGCGAUGUAGGUAGAUAUAAAUGUAUUGCCAGUAAUGCAGCAGGAGAAGAAGAGGCCUUCUUCAGAAUUGAAGAUAUAGUACUUAAAAAUAACAGUAAUAACAUAGUAAAUAUACAUACAUAA